AUGGCGCGGGCUGUGGACCGGGGGAGGGGCGGCGGUCCACCGGUCCAUGGUGGACCGGGGGAGGCGCUGGCUGCUGCGUGGACCGAGUCCACGUGGACCGGCCGCAUGAGGCGCUGGGCCGCGGUCCACCGUGGACCGCGCGCCGGUGCAGGGGCGGGUGCGUGCGCAGGGGCGCCGGCGGGCGGCGGUGGCGCCAUGGGCGCCGCCGGGAGCUUCGGCGGCGGUGCUGCAGGGCACGGGGGAGCGUGCCGAGGGCACGGGCGGGUUGGGCGCGACACGACGAGCGCGAUGGCGAGCUCACCUCCGCGAAACGACGAAGUCAAAGAGAAGCUCGACGGCGGUGGUUUCGACGGCGGCGGCGCGAGCUUGGCGAGAACGGUGGCGGCGCAGAUUUCGAAGCUAGGGUUCUAG